AAAAAAUACCUAAUCUGAUUUUAAUUUACUAUAGGUUUGUGUUUGGCUAUUACGGCUAUUAAAACUGCGGCCAGUGUUAUGUUCACAUGACGAAAGCUAAGAAAUAUUCGACCAUUGGAAAAAUGUUUGUAAAUUAGUGCGCCAGCAUAGUACCAGGUGCCAAAAUGAAUCUCAACCUGGGUGGAUGGAUCCACAGUUUCACUGUUACGGACACGCAGGAGCACAAGGGCGGCUACACAAUCUACAAGAUUACAUCUAUCGUCUUCCCUCGCUCGGUUCCGCAAGCCCUGACCUGUCUGGUUGUGUGGAAGCGUUUCCACGACGUCAAGCGACUGCACCGUGAGUUGAGCCGGCGACACAAGAGCCUUCAGUUGCCGGGUAAGUUGCCCGUUCCUACGGACAGCAGCUACUUUAAGCGCUUCGAAGCAGCUGUGAUCCAGCGCCGCAAAGAGUAUAUCUUGACUCUGCUCGACUUUGCCGCCCAGCAUCCGGCGUUGUAUAAGUGCGCCACUUUUACGCAGUUCUUUCAGGAGACGCCAUCACCUAAUGGCACGCCUCUGAAGAAGCUUUAUGUAGAACGGUCUUUGCGGCUGAAGACGGCGGGCGACAACAGCAGCUGCAGUGGUGAAUUACGCAGCAGUGGCGAUUCUGGGAGUGGAGCGGGAGCAAUUGCCGACAUCUGCGAUAAACUGGAUUUGCCCUACGACCCAAAUGACGCGGGUGGCAUAACGCCUCUGGAUCCGCGCUGCGAUAAGGAGCAGUCUUCGCUUCCAGACUACAGUGAGCCGAAUGAAAAAGAAACUGAAACCAAAGUGGAACCCGGGCUGGUUGAGCAAGCUUCAACGAAACGGGACUAUUUACGUCUACUGACGCCAAUGGCCUCGAUCGAAAGCGAAGAUAGCGACUACAUCUACGAGGCGGCACUGGAGUUUAGCCACGCCGUCCAAGCAGAGGUCAAUUUGAAGUACGUUGAAGCUCACGAGCGGUACAAACACGGCGUGGAUCUCCUGCUUAAUGGGUCCAAACAGGACGCAAACGAGGAGAGAAGGUUUAUUGCUAAGGCAAAGAUAGCCAAAUAUUUAGCACGGGCCGAGGAAAUUCAUGCAAACUUCCUGGCCAGCAACUGUGUCAUAAAGAAGCUGCAGUUUCAGCUCUCUCUGGACAUGACGGACGGUGAGAAUUUAACACAGCUUGAAUGCCCUUGGAACCAAUUGGCCAGGUACAAGGUGUUGCAGGUAAUCGAGGAGCGCGUGAUGCAGGUCCAGUGUGUGACUAAGCCGCAGCAGUCGGCAACCAUUAUGAAGGGCAUCGAAAAACCGGCCAGUCACUCGUUAACCCAGAGCAUCUUUCUCCCACAACAAGUGCCUUAUAUGGUCCAACUGCUUGCCUAUUUCCAGUCGGAGCAGAAGAUCUUUCUGUUGCUGAGGCAGGCGGAGGGCGGCAGGCUCUACGACUACCUGCAGAGCUACACGCCCACAAGCAGUAAAUGUGUCGAUUACGGGGAGCUUUUCCCGUCGGAGGUAGAGGAAGAGCAGGAGAUCCUAACGGCGGAAAGCGAUGUCAGCGAUUUGGUGCGUAGCUCUCAGCAACUGCUCAAAUCGGUCUGCAACACGCUGAGCAACCUCCAAGCGGGCGUUGCCACACAUAAAAAGCGUGGGGCGGACUUGGACCGAAUAACCCGGAGCAAGCCCAUUCCGGAGCUGUGUCUGCGACAAUGGGCCUGCGAGCUAGCUAUCGCUAUCCACAGUCUGCAUGGAAAGGGUGUAAUAUUGCGGGAUCUGCAUAUGUCUAACAUAUUGUUAGGCGACAAGGGUCAACUGCUGCUUACGUAUUUUUAUCAGAACGAGGGAAUCAGCUCCGACGACAACUAUGUGCAUAAGGCUUUAAGUUUGGAGGCGCUUGCGAAUCAUUUUGUGGCUCCAGAGCGACCGUUGAGCUUUCGCUCCGACUGGUGGAGUUAUGGCGUUGUGCUCUAUCAACUUCUACUGGGUGUGCCUUACAAGACGACACAUCCUGGACAACUAGAGCUCUAUGGUUGUGUGCAAUAUCCCACUGAUCCCUUGGAGAUAUCCGAUCAUGCAACAGACCUUUUGGAAAAGCUGCUGCAGACAACUCCGGAGCUGCGGUUGGAUUACGAGCAAUUGCGAGCGCAUCCCUUCUUCAAAGGCAUAAAUUGGCAGCAGGUUGGGGAGCAGGGAGCUAAUUCGACGUGAAGGUUAUUUAAUUUGACUAAAGUUCUUCUUUGAAUUAAUGGGCUAUUCCAAAACAGAAAAGAUAGUUUCCUGUGUUAUAUCGAAAUAUUUGCAACAUGAAUAUGAAUCACUUUCAUCACCCUGUAUUUUAUAGUUUUUCU